UCGAGCGAGUUGCGGUAGUUUAGCGAAAAACGGAGCGGAGCUGCAGCCCGGAGGGAAUGCUCCACCCUGCCAGGCGGGAGACUUGGGUUUCACUCGGGGCUGGCAGUGCGCUGGAUCGCCGUGGAGGCGGCUGGAAAGGAAGGGGAAUACUUUUGUCACAUAAAAAACAAGCUCUGUGCCGCUCCGGGAGCGGUGUCGAAAGUCUCGGUCUUCAAAGGACGCCUCUUUUCUGCUCGGGUAGAAAGGGCUGUAAUCGAAGUACAAGAUGGCAAAAACCAGCCAUAGCAACUAUGUCCUUCAGCAGCUAAACAAGCAAAGAGAGUGGGGCUUUCUGUGCGACUGCUGCAUCGCUAUCGAUGAUAUUUAUUUCCAAGCACAUAAAGCAGUCCUUGCUGCCUGCAGCGCCUAUUUUAGGAUGUUUUUUAUGAACCAUCAAAACACUACAGCCCAGCUGAAUCUAAGCAACAUGAAGAUUAGCGCUGAAUGCUUUGAUCUUAUUUUACAGUUCAUGUAUUUAGGAAAAAUCAUGACAGCCCCUGCCAAUUUUGAGCAAUUUAAAGUGGCCAUGAACUAUUUACAGCUAUAUAACGUACCCGAGUCUCUAGAAGAUAUACAGGAUACAGACUCAUCUAGUUUAAAAUGUUCAUCUCCUGCUUCUAGCACCCAGACUGGUAAAAUGAUAUUUGGGGUGAGAAUGUAUGAAGAUGCACUUGCUAGAAAUGGCAGUGAAGCAAACAGGUGGGGAAUGGAGCCACCAAGUUCAACGGUAAAUACAUCCCAUAACAAAGAGCCUGAGGAAGAAACUUUGCAGCUCAACAGCUUCCCUGAGCAACUGUUUGAUGUCUGCAAAAAAAGCACCACGUCCAAAUUCUCUCACACGAAGGAGCGCGUGUCACACUCGCGCCGGUUUGGAAGGAGCUUCACCUGCGACAGCUGCGGGUUUAGUUUCAGCUGUGAAAAGCUACUGGAUGAGCACGUGUUAACAUGCACCAACAGGCAUUCCUACCAAAGUGCCAGGUACUACAGUGCUGAGAAAAUGGACUUUAGUGAAAAGAACUCUACUUCUAAAAUGAUCUCCACACAAACAGAGAAAUACAAGGGGGACUCGAACCAUGCUGCGGAUGAUUCAUCAUCUCCUGUGUCAAACGUCACGAGCAGAAAAAGCAGCACGGUUGCCUCUGAGACAUCAGGUGAAGAAGGAAGUAGAGCCUCUGAGAGGAAGAGGAUUAUCAUCAAGGUGGAGCCAGAGGACAAUCCUACAGAUGAGCUGAAGGAUUUUAAUAUUAUCAAGGUGGCAGAUAAAGACUGCAAUGAGUCUUCUGACAAUGACGACCUAGACGAUGAACAGGAAGAGCCGCUUUACAGAUACUAUGUUGAGGAGGAGAUGAGAGAGAAGAGAAAUGCUCGGAAGACUCUAAAGCCUCGCUUAUCCAUGGAUGAGGAUGAAAGAAAGUGUUUGAAAAGUCCACGGCACCUUAACAGCAAGGCUCCUUCAGUGCAGGAAGAUGUGGAGAAUGCUCCCUGUGAACUUUGUGGGCUAACAAUCACUGAGGAAGAUUUGUCCUCUCAUUAUUUAUCCAAACACAUAGAAAAUAUAUGUGCUUGUGGCAAGUGUGGUCAAAUACUGGUCAAAGGCAAGCAGCUACAGGAUCAUGCACAGACCUGUGGAGAACCCCAGGAUCUGACCAUGAACGGGAUCAGAAAUUCUGAGGAGAAAAUGGACUUGGAAGAAAACCCCGAGGAGCAGUCAGAAAUAAGGGACAUGAUGUUUGCAGAGAUGCUAGAGGACUUCAGGGACAGUCACUUCCAAAUGAACAGCCUUCAAAAAAACCAGUUGUACAAGCAUUCUGCCUGCCCUUUCCGAUGCCCUAAUUGCGGCCAGCGUUUUGAUACUGAAAACCUAGUGGUUGAACAUAUGACAAACUGCCUGGAGCAAGAUCUGUUCAAGAACUCCAUGCUGGAAGAGAACGAGAGGGAUCACAGGCGUAAGCAUUUCUGCAACCUUUGCGGGAAAGGGUUUUAUCAGCGUUGCCACUUGCGGGAACACUAUACCGUUCAUACCAAGGAAAAACAGUUUGUUUGUCAGACAUGUGGGAAGCAGUUCUUAAGAGAGCGCCAGUUGCGGCUCCACAAUGAUAUGCACAAAGGCAUGGCCAGGUAUGUCUGUUCCAUUUGUGAUCAAGGAAACUUCCGAAAACAUGACCAUGUACGGCAUAUGAUAUCUCACUUAUCAGCUGGAGAGACUAUAUGCCAGGUCUGCUUUCAGAUAUUCCCAAAUAAUGAGCAACUGGAGCAGCACAGGGAUGUUCAUCUGUAUACAUGUGGAGUAUGUGGAGCAAAAUUUAAUUUGAGGAAAGAUAUGAGAUCUCACUAUAAUGCCAAGCAUUUGAAAAGAACAUAAGCAUAAACAUACUGUUAAAGCAUUAAGUUGGCAGCAGAGAGAACACCAAAGCAAAGCAUAAGUAUAGUAUAAAAAUUUGAAAAGGAAAAAAAAAUUUGAAAAUAAGUCUCUUUUUUAUUAUUUUUUUAAGACCCUCCUAACCAUAGGUGUCUGUUUAGGCUCAUUAAGUAUAACGCUUUGAAAAGCAUCAUGUGUUUAAUUAUUACAUUUUCACUGUUUCCUAAUACCAGUUUCUGUUCUUAAUUUUAUUGUUUUACUACGUAGAUAUACAAAUCAUUAUUUUUAAACUGUAGAUUAAAAGCACAAUGUUACCCCUUCACUGACUGCUAUUAAACAGUUCUCGGAUCUUCCGUAAGACGAGUGCUUUAAUAUUUCCAUGUGUUGUUUCUUCAUGUGAAAAUUUUAGAUCCCAGCGAUUAAUGUGCAAGAGCAUAAUUGUUCGUAAUCCCCAAAUUAAUUUUCAAAAUGA